CUUAGCUGAGAAAAAUUCACAGAGAGCUUAGCAUGGAUAACUAUCAAGAAGAAGAAGAAUUGCAUCAACCACUCUUACAAUCCAACCAACAAACACCAUCACCACCGCCACCACCACGAGUACUGGACUACUCCCACUCGACAGCCUAUGAAGCCAGCACCGAGCUCGAGAAGGUGCUCUCCAACACCCAACUGCCACGGUUCAAACGCAUCCGACAAGCCUCUUGGAUCGAACUCAGGCUCCUGUUUCGGCUAGCCGCACCUGCCGUCAUGGUUUACAUGAUCAACAAUCUGAUGUCCAUCUCCACUCGAAUGUUUGCCGGCCAACUCGGGAAUCUUGAGCUUGCUGCUGCCUCCCUCGGCAACCAAGGCAUUCAACUCUUUGCCUAUGGCCUCAUGCUAGGAAUGGGAAGUGCUGUGGAGACUCUAUGUGGGCAAGCCUAUGGAGCUCAGAGGCAUGAUAUGCUAGGGGUGUACCUCCAAAGAUCAACGGUGGUACUCAUCUUAACAGGGUUGCCGGUGACCGUGGUUUAUGUUCUAUCAAAGCCACUCCUGCUUUGGCUGGGGGAAUCCAAAAGCGUGGCAUCAGCAGCAGCAGUAUUCGUAUACGGGCUGAUCCCGCAAAUCUUUGCCUACGCAGUGAAUUUUCCCUUACAGAAGUUCCUGCAAGCUCAGAGCAUUGUUGCACCUAGUGCCUAUAUCUCACUGGGCACCUUAUUCUUGCACGUACUCUUGUGCUGGAUUUCGGUGUACAAGAUAGGACUUGGGUUGAUUGGGGCAUCACUGGUGUUGAGUUUGUCCUGGUGGAUUAUUGUGAUUGGUCAGUUUGUUUACAUAGUAUUGAGUGAUAAGUGUAAGACCACCUGGACAGGGUUCACAUUGGAGGCUUUUACCGGACUUCGGGAGUUUGUGAAAUUGUCGGCUGCAUCAGCAGUCAUGUUGUGUUUGGAGACUUGGUAUAUGCAGAUUUUGGUGUUGAUUUCUGGAUUGCUUCCAAAUCCUGAGCUUUCCUUGGAUUCUCUAUCAAUCUGCUUGGCUGUAAACGGAUUAUUAUUCAUGGUUUCGGUUGGCUUCAAUGCAGCAGCUAGCGUGAGGGUUGGGAAUGAGCUAGGAGCAGGAAACCCAAAGUCGGCAGCAUUUGCAGUGUUUAUGGUGAAUUUUGUGUCAUUUGUAGUUGCAGUGGUGGAAGCCAUCAUCGUGUUGUCGCUGCGACAUGUUAUUAGCUACGCAUUCACCAGUGGGGAAACCGUAGCCAAUGCUGUCUCGGAUCUUUGCCCAUUUUUAGCAGUCACUCUCAUCCUCAAUGGCGUCCAACCCGUCUUGUCUGGUGUUGCUGUGGGGUGUGGAUGGCAAGCAUAUGUAGCUUAUGUAAAUGUGGGAUGUUACUACGUGGUAGGAAUUCCAUUGGGUUGUCUUCUCGGCUUCAAGUAUAAACUUGGAGCUAAGGGUAUAUGGUCCGGAAUGAUUGGAGGAACAAUGAUGCAGACACUUAUCUUAGUAUGGUCUACAUUUCGGACGGACUGGAAUAAAGAGGUGGAGAAAGCAAGAGAACGUCUGCGAACCUGGGAUGACAAGAAAGAACCCCUUUUGAAGGAGUAGAGGUUAAUUAUGAUUGAAUAUUAAGGUGUGCGGACUGAACAGUCCUUGUAUUUGUCCCGAAUUACAAUUGAGACUGCGGCGAAGUCCCAUUGGGUGUCAAUUCCCUGGCUUCCCCCAAAUAAUAUAUUUCAUGGCUGGGAAAAAUAUGAGCAUAAGCAAUAGCUCAUUGAGAAAUCUAAGGAAGACAAUUCUGAAGUUUAUAAAUGUAAUUCGUUGAAGGAAGAGAAUAAUGAAAAGGGGCAAUGAAUUUCCCAUAAAUGCCGUAUGAAUUAGAUAUUUUU